AUGCUGUCAAUAGCACAACGCAAUAUCUACGCAGCCCCUGAAGCCAUCUCAAGAAUCGACUUAGGAGCUUUUAAGAAAUCUGCGAAAAGAAAUCGCUCUGCAAGCCCAACCACUACAGCAUCGGGCUUACUUUGGGGCCUCGCUCCUCUGAUCGGCACAGUGAUAACUGAAACUCUCCGAACUCUGAGUCAGCUUUGGACUGGACCGGUCAUGCACAUGGUUGCCACCUCGUGA